UCUCUGUAUAUUAUAUUUUUGUAUAACUUUUUUUCUCUUUUUCAAUUAAUUUUUCUUAAUUCCCUUUUUCCUCAAUCUUUUUACAUUUUCUCUUUUGGACAAUUUGUCCUCGUGCUCUCGAAAAUGCCACAUAUAGUUGUCCAUGUGCAAAUACUGGAUUUGUUAAAUAUAUCCUUACUUUUUCUAAAGUUUAUUUUUGUAAUUUAUUUAUUGUCAUUGCAAAUGAUACUCUUGGAAACUGUCUUCUUUUAAAUUUAAAUGACAAUUCUCGAUCACUUGUUCUUAAAAUGAUGAUAAUUUGUCCUCGUGCUAGUCCUGUCAAAAUUUCUACAUAUAUUAUAUUAUUUUUUAAUUUUGUUACAAUUAAUCUUGUUCUAUUGCAAAAUUCUUUUUUUAUAUUUAAAUUUCUUAUUAGGAUUAUUGUAGCAUUGAUUUUUAUUUUGAGUUGAUGUACUGGCAUUUCUGAAGGUGUCAAUGUGUUUAAAAAUUUACUCGGAUAAUUUAUUUGCUCUUUAGGAUCCUCAUUUAUAAUUGUGUCAAUUGAUAGAUAUUCUUUUUCUUCUCCUUCCAUUUUUUCUAGUAUUUUGUCAUUUAUUUUGAAAGUAUCUAUAUUUUUUAGACACAAUAUCGCUCUAUCUGGAUUAUUUCUUAUCUAUUUCAUGGUAAUUCUUUCACUAAAUAUCUCAUUUAUAAAGAAUUUCUUUAUUACAAAAUUCUAUGGGAUUUCAGUUGUAUCCUGUUAUAGUCCGUAUUUGAUAAUUUUCAAUCUUCUAGUUCUAUCAACCAUUUUGCAAAUUCUUUUCCUUUUUCUGUUCUCAUAUUUUGCUUUAGUUUAACUUUUCUUACAUACUUCCAUAGUGGAUUAUAUUUUACAGUCGAUUCUAUUAUAACUAUUUUAUUUGCAUAAGACACUACUGGUAGAUUUUGUCUAAAAUCUCCUGGAAAUAAAAUUACUUUUCCUCCAAAUGGAUUUUGGUUUUUCAUAAAUUCCCUUAAUAGUUUAUCCACUUAUUUCAUCCUAUAUAAUUAGUUUUGCUGAGAUCAGUUCUCUUGCUGCCUCUGUGUUUCCUCUUAUAUUUGAUUUGGCUCUUUCAUCUACGGGUAUUGUUAGUUUAAACAUGGAAUGAUAUGUUUUUCCUUCUUUUGUAGCUGUUAUUCCUGUUGAUGCACAUGGUAGAAUUUUCUCGUUUCUUCCUCGUAUUACACUCAUAAAUGAGUUAAAUAGGUAUGUUUUUCCACUUCCUGCAAAUCCAUCAAUAAAAAAUAAUAUUUCCGUUUUAUUUUCAUUAUCUAUUGCUUUCAUAACUUUUUCAUAACGUAUAUCUGUUUUUGCUCUAUAUUUAAUGUUGUUAAUAACUAAUCUCCUUGUUUUCUCUUUUUUUCUAUAUUAUAUUCUGUUUUAUAAUUAUUUAUUGGCAUUGGAUUAGAUAAAUCACAUUCUCUACAACUAUUUCCAUUAUUUUUCAACAUUUCUUGUAUUUGAUUUAAAGCCAUAUUUUCAGAAUUGACAAUAUUUUUCUGUUCAUAGUCCUCCAACAUAUAUUCUUUGUAUUUAUUCCAUAUUUGUAAUGUUUCCAUAUAUGCAUAUAUACGCAAAUAAUUCUCGUAUUUGUUCUGGCAUUUUUGUUUUUAUAGCCUCCUCUAAUGUUUUUUCCCAUAGAUCUUUUGUUUCAAUUAAUUGUUUUGCAAUUGCUGCUUUGUUAAAUGUCUCAUACCGUUCUCCAUUUAUUGUUCGUACACGCACCGGCAGAAAUGGUGUCCCGCGACGUUCAGCGCGCGGCGAUCACCCACACACGCGAAGCGCCGUACGUGUUACUGGGCGCGCGGAGGAGCCGAGGAGAUGGGAGAGGAGCGAAAAAAGUGGGGAUCGCGCCGGUGUUGCAUCCUUCACCAACGUCGCACGUUGAAGAAGGAUAGAGCUAAGAUGAGUGAGAAGACGUGAUACCGACUCGAUGGUGUCCCAAUAUCCGUUUCACUCGCACUCGAUACUAAUAUCGUCUCUCGCUCGCCAAUACCGAUGCGUCGUGCUUUCCUUUUUCUUUGAGAGACGGCUAUCCGAGUGCACGAAGCGUCGACAUUUAUUCUAUUAGCAUGUCAUUCAUUACUUUAUAUUAUGUAAAGUGAUAAAAUUUAAUUUAAAAAAACACAAAUUUUUAUUGAAAUAUUAAUUAUGUUAUACAUAGAAAGAAAAAAAUUAACGUUUAUCCCAAUUAAUUAUUGAUUCACUUAUGAUUGCGUAAUAAUGCUUCUUUUUCAUCCCGUAACAAAUUUUUGUGUGAAAUUAUAACCAUCGUUACGGAUAAUUUUCAGACUCACUAUAAGAGUUUCUUAUCCAUUUACAAAUUUAGAGUAUAAGAUUAAUUUCUUGUAUUGUAAGUAAGUGUGUGCAAAAUUGUGUAAAUAAUAAUUUUAAAAGAUAAUAAAAAUUUUAUUUUAACAUUUAGAUUUAUUUAAUGUUGAUAGUUUGUAAGUUAAUUGUAGUUUGUAAGAUAGAUUGUAAGUUAAUUUUUUGUUCAUCUAACAUUUAACAUAAUUAAUAUGGUAUUGGCGAGCGAGAGACGAUAUUAGUAUCGAGUGCGAGUGAAACGGAUAUUGGGACACCAUCGAGUCGGUAUCACGUCUUCUCACUCAUCUUAGCUCUAUCCUUCUUCAACGUGCGACGUUGGUGAAGGAUGCAACACCGGCGCGAUCCCCACUUUUUUCGCUCCUCUCCCAUCUCCUCGGCUCCUCCGCGCGCCCAGUAACACGUACGGCGCUUCGCGUGUGUGGGUGAUCGCCGCGCGCUGAACGUCGCGGGACACCAUUUCUGCCGGUGCGUGUACAUCCUCAAAACUUGUUGCUCCUCUGACGUGUAGUAGUAGUAGACGUAAAUAAAGUCUUUCCAAAUCUUUAAUACUUAUUGUAUAUAGUCUUGCAAUUAUUUUCUCUCCGCUUUUUUUCUGUAUUUUCCACUUUGUUUCUUUCUUAUCAAAUACAUAAUGAUAAGGAAUAUCUGUGUAACGCCACUGUUGCAUUUUUUCUUCUUUAUUCAGUUUGAACCAUGCUGUAAGCGUUGUAUCUCGAUGUUCUCUCUGUGCUGCUUGUUCCUCAUUUCCCUCCCAAAAAUAUACCAUUUGACAAUUAGCACCUAUGAAUUUAUUGAAAAAAGCAACGAUGGAUACGGUAAUAAUAUUUAUCUUUGCAAGUCAAAUUGGACAUAUUUUCGGAAAAGUUAUCGUAUUACGCGGAUCUAUCUAUUCGACACCAGUAAAAUUGAUAUGUCUCUCAGAGGAUGAUGGUAGUGCUCUUGUGUGGAACUACAAUCUAAUCCGGAAAUACUAUCCUUUAUUUGAUAACAAUUAUGAGUUUAAUAAUUUAAAUAUGUUUAACAACAAUGAGAUAAAUUGUAAGAUGAAUGCAAAUGGUGACUGCUUGGAGUCAUGGACUAAACAAAACUGGAAUCUUACAAAUUCUUUAAAAACCCCUAUGGGUCCAGUAUUUGAUCAACGAUGGGAAGAAUUUAAACAGUAUGAAAAUAUUCAAGAUACCUAUGAUUUGAUAGAUUUUGAACUUACUAACGAAGUAAAACUCUCUUUUUCUGUUCGUGUAUCUCGCGACGCACAUAUAUUAAUUUGCAACGGUACGAAUUAUAAUGGUGAUUCUUGCUACUGGAUCAUCAUAGGCGGUUGGGGCAAUUCAUUAUCUGUCAUACGGAAAUGUGUGACGGGAGUUCCUAAACCCGGAAAAUUUCCUAAAAAAGAUUCAGAAUGCGGUAAAGAAGUAGUUUCAUUUAAGCACACACCAUUGUCUGAAAAUGAAUGGCGAUCAUUUGUUAUUACAUGGAAUUCUGAGAUGCGGAAAAUAAAUGUUUAUGAUACUAAUAAAAUUGUUUUGACAUAUAUGGAUAAAAACGGGCACUCAAGCAAUAAUUACUACAUGUUUAUUAGAAGUAACAUACCGAUGUUGUUUCGAUUUCAUAUAUAUAACUUUCUGCAUACAACUGUCGAAAAUGCAAUUUUAACCAGUCCUAUCUUCCAACUUAAUAACGAAAUGAUGUGCGUACAAUUGUUAAUUGGCCUCUGCGCUGAAUGCGAUGCACAUGUAGUGUUGCGUGAUUAUACAAACGAUAAAGAGUUGGUAAAAGUAAUAGUAAAAGGCUCAUCAAAAUCUGCUGUUCAUGGCUUACCUAUGUGGCAAUCGGUUACAAUCAAGAAAAAUUCUUCAGUGACCGAUUAUAAUACUUACAGUACAGUGAUAAUCCAAGUAGUUCCUAAACUCAAUAUGCAUAACUCAAAUCCCACGUGGGCGAUAGCGAACGUUCGUCAAUGUCCAAAAAUUGGAACUUUGAGGAAUAGUGCUAUUAUUUUUAAUCAAGAUUGGGAGAACAGCCGUGGCUACUUUUGGCCAGAUGUGACAUGUCAAAAAUUAUUUUAUGAUGAACAUGCCGUCGUAAAUCCUAUAUCACGCGUAAAAUCAGAUAUAAAUCUGGAUGACGCAGACUGUCCUGAAGGAAAAAUUGGACCACAAUGCUGGUUUUCCUGUGAAUUUCAUCUGAAUAAUGUUGAUUGUAAAGGAAGUGAAAUUUGCUAUGAAAAUGGUUGCACGUGUGCUCCGGGUUUUUUAGGAAACGAAUGUUCCACACCUUGUGAAUUAAAUAGAUAUGGUCAUGGCUGCAAAAAGACAUGUGGUUCCUGUUUAUAUAGUGAACAGUGUAAUAAAGCAAAUGGAAUCUGUAUUAAUGGAUUAUGUAAUAAUGGAGAUAACACUGAGAAAAUUUACAUACCACCUCUAUGUCAAACAAGCAUAGACAAACCCAAGGCACCUACGAUUUCUACAACCGAGACAAGUAUUUGGGCCAUUGUUCCUGUAACAUGGAAGGACGAAUACAAAGAAAUAUCGAUUCUUUAUUCUUUCGUUAUUCAAGAACAUAUUAAAUACGGUCAGCAAACAUGGGAAAAGUUAUUUCAAAAUAUGACGCAACUAAUAAAAUAUUUUGAGAACAUGGAACCUGGUACUACUUAUCAUAUCGGUUUCAAAUUAAGUAUUAAUAACGUGGAAAUACAUAGUGAUUGGCAAGUAGCUGAGACUACAUGCAAUCCGGCUGAAAACUACGACAUAAAGCUUGAAGAAAACAGCAUAAUAAUUGAUUGGCGUAUUAAUCCAAACAAAUUAUAUGCAUGUCCAUUAAAAUGGUAUUAUGUGGUAAUUCGCAAUGUAGAUACGAAUCAAGAAGUUACUUCUACACUAGCUCCAUCUUUUUCAUAUAAAUUACAAUAUUUACCAUCAUAUACUUUUUUUGAUGUGACCAUAUCUCACAAUAAUCACAAGUUAUUUUCUACGAAAAUUCGUACACUUGAAGGAGUUCCAUCUAAAGUGUUAGAACUUAAAAGUAUGUUAUCGGCUAAUACACAAAUCACUCUGAUUUGGAAGCCUCCAUAUCAACCAAAUGGAAAAAUAGUAAAAUAUGAAGUAAUCUUAAAGGUUAAUGAAUACUGUGGUUGUAGAGACUUAAAAAUACCUUCGCCGGAUAAUCACAUUAUUACAAAAUUUACAACAGAUCUAACAGUCACAAUUCCGGAUUUACAUCCAUACACAUAUUACAGUGCGCAAGUCAUAGCACAUAAUUCACGACAUUUUAGCCCAAUCGCAGAGACAAUCUUUAACACAGUACAAUCUGAGAUACCGUCAGAGGUGUUCAGUCAAUUGAGAUUAGAAGGUUGGAAAUUAUUAUGGAGCCCGCCUGAAGAUUGUACGGCAAUUUCGGGACCAAUUAGAGCCAGAAUAAAAAUACAGGGCAUUAGUAACGCUGUUAAAUACUUCAAUGUGACCAAACAGACUACUUACACUUAUUUCAAUUUGGAUCAACUUAAUCCAAAAUUAAACGGUCUUGAGCGAUAUUUAGUAACAAUUUACGUAAUAAGAGAUUACGAGAGCAAGGAAAAUACUACUGCAUAUCAACAAUAUGAGUUUGAAACCCCACCAACAGCUCCGCCAAAAGUAACUAAUUUGGAGGUUGUCGAAAUUGACUCUCGUCAAACGCGUGCCAUGAUACAUUUGAGAUGGCAAAGUCCUCUUCCACCUCUCAAUGGAAAAUUGCGUGAUUAUGGUGUUCAGUUAUGUUACACAUAUAGCAGACAUUGCUCAAAUAUUAUAGUUCAAUUCAACGAGUCUUGUGAUUUAUGGGACAAUUACAUCUGCAAAGUUGUGCAAAAUACGAACCUACACUCUUAUACGAAUAAUCUGCUCUCUCAAACAAUUAAGGUUUUUGCAUAUAAUAUGGACGUUUCUGAACCAGGACUUCCUGUUUUUGUGACUGAUGACAUGCUUCGUAAUACAACACCAGACCCACCUGGAAAUUAUACUUUUAUGAUCAGCAACAAUAGUGCGGUUGAUUUAAAGUGGCUUCAUCCUUGGAAGACAGGUGGUCCUCUUAAGUCUUUUCGCAUUCGGAUACAAGAAAUUUCUUCGAAUCUGAAAAAGCGCUUUAUCCGAUCACUCAGGAACGAAAUACUCGAAUUCCCAGUAAUACAAUACAUGCGUUACUACAGUGAGCGAUUAUAUUUAUUCCCAUCAACGCGAUACAUCAUCUAUCUUCAAGCUGUAACAGUUGCGAAUAAGUCUAGCAUUACAAAGUUUGUGAACAUCUCUACACCUUCAACAACAGCUUUUGACGGGGUUCUUAAUGUUAUGGUAAACAAAUCCGAUUCCACAAUAUUAUUAAAUAUACCAUUUGUUUUAAACGAUACCCAAGAUAGCAUGAUGCACAUCAUAGUAAAAGGCCCUAAUCUCUGCAAGCAAUAUUCGAACGUGCCUGAGAGUCUUCGUGCGCGAGCAGGCGUGAAGAUGUACGAAUUUGCUUGGCUAGCUGCUGAAGUUUCGACCAGUGUGUUAGCUGGCGAACGAUUCAGAAUUGGUGACAAUAGAAUUUAUGGGAAUGCAAGGAAUUGCCCAUUAAAACCUGAAGAGUCUUAUGAAAUAGUGAUUAUCGUAACCGAACCAAAUUUAUCUGCCAAACCAAUUAUGCUUAUAAAAUCGGUUCGCGUUGGUGAGGUUCCACCAAAACAUUAUGAAGUAUGGCUUGUGCCGCUUAUAUUGUUCCUCCUUGUGACAGGCAUAGCUUUUUAUUUCUAUCGAAGGAAAAAACAAAAAAUGACUAAGCAGCUAAUACAAGACGAAAUGGCUUUGUCGCAGAACAUUGAGAACUAUGAACAAGAAACAAAGUCCGUGAUAUCGAAUUCCAAAUACAAUUUGUCAACUCCUUCUGAUAGACAAUCUCUAUCGCGGGCAACCACUCCGGAAAUGCAGCCAAUUACUAUUACGAACGACGAGGAAGUAGAGAAAGAAAUAGCAUCACUGGUGAAGGUAAAAGAUUUCGAGGAUUACGUCAGACAGGCGGUACACUCAGGAUUGCUCGAUAAGCAAUACGAGACAUUUCCAAGAGGGCAAACUCGACCGUGGGAAUAUGGAAAAUUACCUCAGAACAAAUCUAAGAAUCGAUAUGGAAAUCUCAUUGCGUAUGACGAAACGCGUGUGAUAUUAAAAAAACUUCCGGAUGACGCUCACUCCGAUUACAUCAACGCUAAUUACAUCACCGGUUAUAAAAAAGAGAAGCGUUAUAUAGCAACACAAGGACCAAAACCCAAUACUGUUAUCGAUUUUUGGCGAAUGAUUUGGCAGGAAAACGUUCUCAUUAUUUGCAUGUUGGCAAAUGUAAUCGAAAGUGGAAAGACAAAAUGCGAGCAAUAUUGGCCUGAUAUUGGCAAGAAAAAGAAAUAUGGUGAUAUCAUUGUGCUAAACGCCAAGCACAACGUUUUCGCUGAUUAUUGCUUUAGAACUUUCCACGUUACUUUUGAAAAGGAAACUCGAAAGAUAGAACAUCUACAUUAUACGGCUUGGCCGGACCAUGGCGUGCCAUUGUAUACGCACUCCGUAGUCACAUAUUUGAAGAAACUCUUGGCGACACCACCUGGAAACGGACCUGUGGUAGUUCACUGCAGUGCUGGAGUUGGAAGAACCGGGACCAUUAUUUUGUGCGACAUUUGUCUCCAUCGAGCGGCAGCGGAAGGCUUAGUCGAUGUUUUCACCGAAACGGCGUCCAUUAGAAGCGAAAGGGCUAAUAUGGUGGAUAAUAAACAACAAUAUCUGUUAGCACAUUUGGCAUUAGUGGAAUGUUUGCUGUCUAUUCCAACUACAUUGCCAUGUAAUGAAACGUUAUUGACACGAAUUAAAGAGUUAAAAAAACAAUUGCCGAUUCAGCAGCAAAGAUUACAAAACACUGCUUGGCAAGAUGAAGCUCUGCGACAAAUUACGUCUCCACCGCCAUUGUCGGAGCGUAAUCGAGCCAAAAACAGAUUUCCGGAAUUGAUUUUAGAUAAAGUCAGUAGAAUAUAUUUAAAGAGAUACCCGGCAUCGGACGAGGACAGCGAUUAUUUAUCCGCUAUUUAUGUAGACGGAGUAAAACUUCAAAAUCAGUAUCUAGCCACUCAGCUUCCCAUGCCAUCGACGAUUAAUGAUUUCUGGCGAAUGAUUGCUGAGUUCAAAGUUGAACUUAUUCUCAUGCUACAGCCGCCUGAUUUUCAGGAUCCAUCUUGUUGUUCUAUCGCUCCAACUAGUGGUGAAUUUAAACCAAUUCCAUAUUUGAAUAUCACAGUGAAAGAAAUUGUGGAACACGAAUAUUAUACGUCACAAAAAUUGUUUCUCAUUGAUAAUUCUGAGAAACCUUCGAGAGAACAAUAUGUUACUAUAUUGUGUUUAACGGAAUGGACACCUGGAAGAAAUCAACCACCGCCGCCCGUUAUAACAAUGGUGACCUUUUGGCAAGCUGCGGAGAGAGUCGCAAGAGGCGAUAGUCCCACUGUCACACUCUGCCACGAUGGGGUAACUGGAUGCGGCCUCUACUUAGCACUAAGUUUUCUGUUGGAACGAAUGGCCGUCGAAAGAGAAUGCGACGUUUGUUUAGCAGUGCGAGCUGUUAGACGAUCUAGACCAGAUUUUGUUCGUUCUCUGGAACAUCUGGAAUACCUAUACGAUGCCGCAGUAACAUAUUUGGAAUAUUUUGAAACUUACGCAAAUUUUUCAUAAAAUAAAUAUAAAUUAUCAAGGUAAUGAAGUAACACUACAUUAUAACAGAAAUAGUGAAUGUAUGAAUCAUGAAAUUAAUAGAAUAUAGUCGCCGUAUAUAACCAGUAUAAAAUAUUAAUAUAUAUGUAUAAAAUAUUGAUAUAUUAAAUGUAUUAAUAUUAAAGCUUUUAAACAUAAAACAUACUUUAUUUUU